CGAGAUUCCUGUCAGAUUUUGUACCGCUAGAGCCCGACUUCCAGAAGCCACCUUCCUAAUUCUCCAACCAAGUCUUAUCCUAAUUCUCCAACCAAGUCUUAUCGUCCACAACGUGUCCUCGGCGCAUACAGCUGAUUUAGCAGAAUAAAUAUCGGGGAGAGCCCGGGUCGGGACUAUAGGGAAAACUGUCUUCUCCUCACAAGCAUAGGUUUAUUCGCCCUUUUCCCCGAAGACGCUGUCAGCGAUUUCCCUCGGCAUCUCCUGGUUCACGUUUUGGAAAGGGGACAGUCGUGCCUCUGCCUGCAUUCAUAUCCCGAGACCGACGGUGUGUUCCAAAGCAACGUCUUCUGUUCUGCCAUGACCAGGGACGUAUUUUCUCAGUGAACCAGCCAGUGUUAAUUUCUGAGGAUAAAAGCCUGAAACGAAGACGCGUCUCCGUUUUCAAUCAAAUGUCAUAAAACUGUUAUUGAGCACGAGUCAAUAGUUUUCUUGCGGGGACGACGCCGACUUUUUAAUUACUUCAGACUGUAAUAUAUCAGGGAAGAAGUCCCCCACUUGAGGGCGAAAUCAGACAUUCGAGGACGGCAAGUUCGAGAGCGCCAGGACCCGAGUCUUCCGUAUACAACAUGCAGAAAUGUCCGAGGAGGCAGGGUUGGAUGUGAGAGGCAGCAGCGAGGAGAGAAGCAGCCAGGCGCCCAGAGACCCAGAAAGCGAGAGGGCACCAGAGUCCAGCCUGAGAGGCACCGCCAACACCCCAACUACCACCUCUACCACCAGCAUCGCCUCCAACCACCACCAGCACAACAACAGCGCUAGCCCCACAGCCGUCUCCAACAGUAGCAGUGGCUCCAGUGGUACCAUAGGUGUUAGCAUAGUUAGCCGCAGCGCUAAGGGAGCAGAGGGGAGGUCCUCCAUGCAGUUCAGCACCAGACCUCCUAGUGCUGAGCCUGCCUUCAUGGGGACAUGGCAGCAACAGAGCACUGACCAGAGCAACCUCCUCUUCAGAAUGUCCCAGCAGGCGGGUGCUGUAACGCGGCUUCCUCUGAAGUGCGACAGGUGACUAUGGGC